AUGGUACGAAAAUCUGUUGGCAAGACUGUCGACGUAGCAAACAUGGCUGAGAUGGGAAGACUGAGGUGUUGCUCGGAAGUUGUAUUUCGUAUUUGAUUUGGGAAUAGUUUAAUGGAUCAGAAAUCCAUGCGAUACUAACUUUGGGUACAGUACAGUAACGAUUUAUUUUUGUACAAGUAUGUGUUUGGACCAGUGCUUGGAUUACGGUGAAAUAUGUAAUGGUGUUUUGCGGUAGAUUAGGAUUGUGAUGCUUCAUAUUUCAUCUGACAACAGUAGCCGUAAUGGAUAUUUGAAGAAAUCCCCAUUGACAUUUAUUUCAAAUUUAUUUAAAAAGAAAAAAUACCAUGAUGACAUAAGUGAUGUGAAUUUUGAAGAACCAACAUUUAAAGCAAUGGAUCAUGGUUCUGAAUGUCGUUAAAUUAGUGAACAAUGCAUUCUACCUUUCAUUGUAGCUGCUCCAAACUAUGGAUAUGGAGCGGUGCCCAGAGUUCCAUCCAGUUUGUCAGUUACAGCUGUGGAUAUAAUGGUUCAAGCCCCUUGCUGUCCCCCAUCGCCUGCUGCGUCCACCCUUACACUUACUCCUGGUCGAACACGAGAUAUAGAUCAAGAUAUGGCUGCAUUGCGCUUGUCUCGCCAGGACAAUCCUUUCCUUCAGGUGCUAGCUAGUCGGGAGAGUUUGGUGGACAGCAUGGAAGAAUCUGAAUCGGAUGAUGCCAAUUUAAUGUCGCAGGAGUUUCCUCAUGAUUUGGAUGUUGAUCCGCUUACGUUACCAGAGAUUCAUGAGCAUAUGAUUCGUAGCCCACCGCCUGUCACAUGGCCAAAAUCUCCAAACUUUAAAGUCUUUCGCUUUCCUUUGCAAUCAAGUGAUGAAGAAUCAAGUCAGGAAAGUAUUCAUCACUGUGGCAAGAAAACACCAAAGAAGGUACUCUCUCCUAAGCAAUCACAAUCUAAAGGAAGCCUGAAUGAUUGUUUGCGAGAGUUGUCAGCUGAAGCAUUAAGUGCGGCUAAUCAGAUGGGACUGCCAGCACGUUUAGGUGUGUCACCUCGUCCACACCAGCGAUCCAGCAGUGAAGUUAGAGAUAAAAGUUCUAAUCCAUUUGCUAUUCUGAAACCUGAAGUACAACGAUUACAUGCUCGUGGUUCAGAUGACAGCGUUCAACUUGUUUCCAAAACUGAUGAACAAGAACAUCAUGUUGGUUUACCAUUAUUGUUAGCUAAAAGACCAGCUUAGCUUUUUCUUGGAAAUUGUAUUAUGCAUCAGAAAUCUGAAGUCCAUGUUUUUCAUGGCAAAUGCUUUUGUAUUCACUGAUGCCUCAAAAUUUGUUUAAAGGCAAUUAAACAAAUUCUAGUAUCUUUUGCCUGAUUGGCAGGAAAGAUAUCUUCCAGUUUGAGGUAUUUGAUUUACAAAAUCUGAGAAUUAAAUUUGCAGGGCAAAUUUUAAUGCUCUCCUGAAUGUCAUAUUGAGGUCCUAAGGUUACCUCCUUUUUAUUAAUUUAUUUUUCAUUGUAAUUGUGUUCAUGAGGUAAAGCUGAUGAAGGAGAAAGAUCAGUUAAAGAUGAGUAUGAAAAAGAUAGUUUCAUAUUUUGUUCAAAUUUUAUAUAUCAGCCAAAACAUCUAAUGAAUAAUGAAGUAUUGAAUGCUGGUAUGUUGUCUUCUUUGUUUAUUGUCACAAUUUAAAAUUUUUAUUAGUCAGUUUGUGUUACAAUAGUUUCAAGCUAGUGUUCUUGAGAGAUACAAUAUUGUUGAAUUUUUAGUAUUUUUUCAAUUUAUUCCAUAUAAUUUGUAUAACAAUGAACUAAAAUAGAACUAUAUUGCAAGGAUAGAUUGAAGAAAUUGCAAGAAAAAUGUGCAUGGUAUCCUCAUUCCAGUCUAUUUUAUCUCCUUGACGAUCUUUGUAUCAACAGAAUUAGAGAGAUGCUGUGUGAUCAUCAUAUUGAGCUCAAGUAGGAUAAUUUCACCGGAAAAUAAUUAUUCUUAAAUACAUACAACUUGGUUACACAAUUUGAAUCUGUAGUGAUAUAAUUUUAUUGGAGUGUUAUGGAAAAGAAAACAAUCAAUUGUGAUUCACUUUAUCAAAAUAUAAUUUUUGAUAAUGAAAUGUUACAUAUACAGUUAAACUGAUAAAGGUACUGAAAGAAGUUUUGCUAAACCCAUUGUUGGGUGUUUGUUCACACUAUGCUAUUUUCUAGUAAUUCAGUCUAGUCAUUUAGAAGUUGUUUUUGAUCUCAUUUUAUAAGAUUUAUUGUUUUUGUUUGAACUGCAUUAUAUUUUUUAACAGGAAGAUAUUACUAUAUGUAUUACUUUUUGCUUCUUAGUUUAUCCUAUUCCUAUUUUUGAUUGGUCACAUUCAAUAUUGAGUAAUAUUCUACAAAUUUGUUUUAUUUAAUUAAAAUGUUAUAAAUAAUUUAUUAAAAUUUAUCAAACAUGCUAUAUUGAAAUCAUGUUCAUUCUUUGAACAUGGAGAGAAUGAUUGUUUGUGUGUAUAUUGUGCUAUUUCAGUUGUCAAUAUUGUUGAAUGUUAACAAUAUUUUUUUUUGUUGCAAAUGUUAAAAGAAUUUUCAAGAAAUUUUCACUGUAAAGAAUUUAACCCUUCAUGGAUAAUUAAUUUCUCUAAUAUGAAUAAAACGUGAGAAAUUAAGAAAUAGGGAAAUAGUGUUUUUGUGAGUGCUCUUAGGCAUGAAAAAUAUAUAAUAUUUUAUAGUAGACUUUCUCAAAGUAUCAAAGUAAUGUUCUGUAAAUAACGUGUUCAGAAUGUUAUAUUUUAAAUCUUGAAGUUACACAGAUAAAAGAUAUAUAUACAACUUGGAUGGAAUGGUUAGUCUUUGCUUAAACUCUUUAUUUCCAUGUAUCUUACUGAUGCAUAGAGCAUUGAGAAAUAAGUGUUCCUUACACCUGUUACUUGAAGUGUGGAAGUAACUUUGUGAGCAAGAAAAUGACUUCAUGCAUCACUGAGGUAAAUGGAAUUUUCAAGGGAGGCCAAUGUUUGUGUUGCACUUUUCUGAUGAGGAUAUAUAAUAGUGCACCAUCCACAGCAAAACAUUUUGUACCUAAUUAAUGAAUUUAAGUGCAAAUUAUAUUUGAAUUCAAUUUUUAUGAGAAGUCAUUGAACGAGUGUUAUUGAUUGUAAACAAAUUUCUUAUUGAACUUAUUUUAUUAGAUUUGCUUUCUUAUCCUUCACAGUAAUGUUAUUGCUGUAAAUUUGCCUUUUUUGGAUAACUUAAGAAAGAUGUGGCAAGGUGGUGAAUAGUUCAAAGCAAGGGUGCUUGUUGCUAAAAAAGAAGUUCAAAGUUAGGGUGCUUGUUGCUGAAUGCUGUUGUUAGAGGAGACAUGUGUUGGAUUGUGCAUACAUUUUUUAGCUAUUAACUUAUGUUGUAUAUUAGCUUAUUUCUGAAUUAUUCGAGUUCUGUAGGUUUAUGUUAUUGCAUACAUAAAUUGAAUUCACGCACAAUGCAUUAACCUUUGCUGUGAAUCAUGGCAUCACUCCAGUUUCACAUGUGAUAUCUUAUUCCAUAAACUUAUGAUUCUUGAUCUCUUUGAAAAACAUUUGUUUUUGUGUCAUAGAAGUGUUCAAAUGAAAUGAUAGUCAUUGAUCAGCAGUGUAGUGCCAAAGUUGUAUUUUGGCAUGUGCAUUUAAACUGUACUGUCUGUACAUUCCAUUGCUCUGCCAAACAAAAUGUCUAGUCAAUAGGAGUUAUUGCUUAAAAAAAAUAUUGUUCCUAGUUUAAUAUUCUUAAAAAAUUGUCUCUUGCACCUAGGGUGGACUUUUAGCUUACAUGAUAUACCUACUUCAGAAUUAUACUUAAAGUGAAGAUUGUGGUUGUGAAUUAUGUUGUUAAUCUUUUGAAGAAAAACAUUUCUAGUGUUAAGGAAGUGGAUUUUUAUAGUUUUUAAGGCUUCCAACUACAGUCAUGGCUCUGUUUGUAAUGUUCUGAUGUCUAGAGGAGAUUGCCUUGGUUGAUAGGAGUGAACCUGAAACUUAGGUUCAAAAUAUUGCAAGUUUCAAGCUUCAUCUAUUACAAGAGUUAAAAUAUUUUUAGAUAUUUCAUUACUUGGCUCUGUUAUUCAUCCCAAGAAGUGUAGGAAAAAAGCAUGUGCUGUUACAAUGUUAUGCAUAGGCUGAUGGUUUCCAAUCUUUAAAAUGCAGAGUUGCCUUGCUUGGCUUAUCCAUUUUCAGAUAUAUUAGUGAGUAAAAAAACUAGUAAUGCUUUCUAUUGGUUUACUUUCCAUUGUUCUUCUUUGCAUUUGGUCUUCCUGCGUUUAUCUCUAAUGUUUACUUAGAUUUGCUGCAUGGGGAGGGGGGGGGAGGGGGCUCACAGCGAGAGUGUUUGUGUAUGGGUGUGAUGUUAGAAUUGUUUUGUGAAAUAAAUUGUACCAUGACUUCUGUAAAUGAAAGGAAGUUUAUUUUGGAAACUGUCUGCUUAUCUUUUAGUUACUGAUGUGACAUUUUGCACCCUGAGUAUUUUUUUCUAUAACAUGUUUAGAAAGUACAGAAAUAAUGCCAAGUAGGGCAAUUGUGGCCUUAAAAAUAUUGAUAAACUGAAAAGAUUUUGUUGAAACCAGUGGUAUCAUUAAAUAGUGUAUUUUUAAUGAAAUGCUAGUUAUCUUCAAUGUGAUUUCGUAGUUGCUGUGCAUAAUUUAGAUGUUGAGAAAAAUAUUAAGGAAUACAGGAAAGAAUGAAAAACUAAAAAACCCCUACAAAUGUUAAAAUUGAUGCGAAAUUGUGUUCCAACCCCUUUGUUUUUAGACAUCUUUCCCAUUCGUGUCUUAUAAAAUAAUGUAUGCUUGUAUAGAUGAUGAAGUUAAAUAAAUCAAUCAAACACA